CGACUGGACAGUGAAGGGCAGCCGUGCGGCGCCGUGCCCACUCCCACACCGGCCGCCAUGACCUCCGCGUGGCGCACCAUGAUGCUGUGCGCCGCUCUGAGCGCCGGCUCGGCCGCGCCGGCACACAAUCUGCACCUUCACUUCACCGAGGCCGAGCUGCGCCAGACGUUUGCCGUUAAUCGUCACGACGACGUGCCAGAGUACGACGUGUUCCACGUGCGGUCCCGACAGCGGCGCUCCGUCGACGGCCGCGCGCGGCGUAGCGUUCAUGUGAGCGCUUUUGGAAACCGGAUCGAUCUGGACCUGCAAGCCAAUCAUGAGAUCGACGAUCGGAUUCGACUGUUCUACGCCGACGUCGGCGACGCAGGCAUCAAUAUCGAGCGCGUGCGCGGUGACACGGCGAUGCACGUGGGUGAGUUGUAUCAGGACGUGGCGGCGGACGCGGCACUGCUGGUCGAUCACGCUGCCGACGGCACGCUGCAGCUGAACGGUGUGGUGGCCGACCUGGUGAUCGCGCCAGCACCGCGCCGCCUCCACCGGCUGGUGCCGCCGCCAAACGACGGCCACCCGCUGCUGACGGAGAGCGAGACGGCUGACCUGCGGCUCUUGAACGGCACCGGCAGCGGCCGGCGGCGCCGCUCGGCGGCCGUCACCAGCGGGAUGCACCUCAUCUUCCAGCGGCGGCACCAGCGCGGCCUGGUCGGCAGCGCGCCGCUCGCGCCAGCCGACGACGAGGCCUUCCUGGAGCCCGAGCCCGGCCAACAGCCGGAGAGCCGCCCUGAGCGGGACACCGGUAGGCGGAAACGUGCCCAGGGGGACGACCUGUUCCCGGAGGUGCUGGUCAUCGUAGACUACGACACUUACGCAGUGCACAAUUAUGACGCUGCCACCGCCAAACGCUACAUCAUGAGCUUCAUGAACGCCAUCGACCUACGCUACAAGCAGGUCUCCUUUCCCUCUAUCACCAUCAAAGUGGCUGGUAUUGUCAUUAGCAAGAGCAAAGAAGCGACCCCAUACCUGGAGAACAAUCUGGUGGAGGGAAUCUAUCUAGAUGCCGUGUCUGCACUGUCUUCGAUCGGAAGGUACCUUUACAACGAGAACCGGCUGCCUAGCUACGAUGCCGCCCUCGUCUUGACAAAGCGAGACAUGUGCACACGAAAUGGCAACUGGGGCUCCUGCAACAAGGUAACGGCGGGUUAUGCAUACGUCGGCGGCGGCUGCAGUAUCAGCAAGUACUUUAGCAAGAUCAACUCUGUAGCGCUAGUAGAGGACUCGGGUGGUUUCUCCGGCAUUAUCGUGGCCACGCACGAGCUGGGCCACCUGAUGGGAGCCGUGCACGACGGCUCGCCGCCAGCCUCGUACGUCGGCGGCCCGGGAGCUCUCUCCUGCGCCUGGACAGACGGCUACAUCAUGUCGGACCUGCGCCGCGACUACAAGGGGCUGCAGUGGUCAACAUGUAGCAUCAGCCAGUUCGCGCAUUUUGCCAACGACCGACGUUCUGCCUGCAUGCAAAACUACCCGUCCCAGUCUCAGGACGUCUCCUCCGGGGGCGUGUUGCCGGGGAAACUCAUCAGCCUUGACGCGCAGUGCAAGCGAGACCGCGGCUCGAGCGCCUGUUUCAAGGACCACCGCGUGUGCGCCGAGCUGUACUGCUUCGAGCAGACGAGCGGCUACUGCGUGUCAUUCCGGCCGGCCGCCGAGGGCUCCUCGUGCGGCCAGGGCAUGCACUGCAGGAACGGCUUCUGCGAGCCGGAGUCGUUCUUCUACUGAGUGGAACGUCGCGCUGUCAUGGCGCCGUGUGUUCCACGCACUGUUCUCAGGUAGCUGCGGCGCCAGCGGGAGCGGGCCGGCGGCGAUGGCCCCUCGCUGGCGAGGGCUGGCCGCGCAGACGCCAAGCGCAGGCCGCCAACUCGGUCGUGGCCGUGGGUUAUGUUGUUGUUCGAAGGCACGCUGGCGUGCAACGGGUCACAUGGUGCUGUUGUUACUGCUGCGCCGCGCCGUGCGGCGGGUCCGUCCAGUGCCAGAUCUUGUUAUUGGUAAAUGUAACUGUGUGAGAUGAAUACCUGUGUGAGAUACCGUGAAUAACUGGCGAAUUUAGAGUGAGUAGUGAUACCUCAGCCCAUCGAAUAGUGCGCCGCAGCCGCGCAAACCGCACCCUCAUGUCCAUUGUUGCUUUUCUGAUGGUCGUGUUCACACCAAAGGUAAUAUACGUCGACUGAUCA